AUGACGACUCCAACCAAUAUCGCGGAAGACGGCCUCCACGUUGUCAUCAUCGGCGCCGGCCUAGCCGGGUUAAGCACCGCGUUGUCGACCAAACUGGCCAACCCGGCGCAUCGCGUAACAGUGCUCGAGGCCACGAGAGAGUUGACCGAAGUCGGGGCCGGUCUCCAACUCACACCCAACGGCACCCGACUCCUCAAUCACUGGUCCGUCUUCACCCCCCUCCAACCCCUCGCCGCCGUCCCCGCGGCCCUCUCCGUCCACCGCUUCGACGGCACCCGCCUACUCGCCCACGAGCCCGAUCUCAAAGGCCACCUGGCCGCGCGCUAUGGCGCAGACGCGCCGCUGUGGAAUGUCCACCGCGCCGAUCUGCAGAAGGCGCUGGCGGAUAGGUGUAACGAGCUUGGCGUGCGGGUGAAGCUAGGACGCAGGGCGUUGAAGGUGGAUUUUGAACGGGCGGUGGUGUUGCUUGCUGGGGGAGAGGAUGAGGGCGAUGACGGGGCGGUGGUGCAGGGAGAUGUGGUGGUUUUGACGGACGGAUUGUGGAGUGGGAUCAGAGGCCAAUUUCUGAAGCGGCCCAGCCCGGUGUUGCCGACUAGGGAUUUGGCAUACCGGAUCACAAUCCAAACCGACGCGUUGGCGGAGACAGAGGCCUCAGACGAGCUGAAGCAACUCAUUCGCACCCCGGCAGUCCGCUUCUGGAUCGGCCCGCGGGCGCACUGUGUCGGCUACCCGGUGCGCGCGGGGAAGGUGUAUAACCUCGUCUUGCUCUGCCCAGACGAUCUGCCAAGCGGGGUGAUGAAGGGUGAGGGGGACCUGGACGAGAUGAUGGAGCGGUUUGCCGGGUGGGAUCCCCUGCUCGUGGAGCUGCUGAAGCAAGUCAAGAGCGUGGUGCACAAGUGGCGGCUGAUGUGGCUGGAUGCGCUGCCGGAGUGGGCGAACCAGCGGGGCACCUUCUUCAUGGCGGGCGAUUGCUGUCACCCGAUGCUGCCGUAUCUAGCGCAAGGGGCCAACUCGAGCUUAGAGGACGGCGCGGUGCUAGGGUCGUUGCUGGGAAGGGUGAAGAAGAGUGAGAGGGAGAGACAGCUGCCUUGUGUUUCGAGGAUGUAUCAGCAACUGCGAAUGGAAAGGGGGAGGAAGAUCCAGCUGGAGUCGUUCAAGCAGCGAGAUGACAUACACUUGGAGGACGGUGAGGAACAGGAGAAGCGGGAUGCGUUGAUGGUGAGCAUGCUGGGCGGGGAGCUCAAGGCGCCGUUCCCGAGCCGGUGGACGUGUCCGGAUAUUCAGCCGUUCCUGUACGCAUACGAUGCGUAUGCUGAGGCGGAGAAGGCGUAUCAAGAGAGCCCAUACUGA